UACCACGUGAUAAUAACAUAGGUAUUUAUUGUUGUGGUUUACAAAACGCCACAUAUUUUACAUUUUAUGAAAGAUGCUCAAAUCAACAACUAAUGCUGAUGCAAAUUAUUUAAAAGUAGUAGCUGCAUACAGCAGGUUGCAUAGGGUAGCACUCAAGUAGAUAAGCAUGCGAUCGAUUUAGAACCCACCCUUGCGAACAAGUAGCAACAAGUCUCACGUAAAUUUGUGUUCGAAAUGUAGUGUUGAAACGUGGUUCCGGAAGAACCGUUUGCAAUAAUAACGAGAUAAAAUUAAUAGACAAAAUGUACUACAGUCUAUCUUUGAAAACUAAACAAAAGAAACCGAAAAUCGUAAAUCUUCAGUACAACAACUUCGAUUUAACACAUUUGAACAACAUUAUAAACAUCACACUAAAGAAUUUAAGAAAAACGAAAAAUUCGGAAACAAAUUUAAGCUUCAAGAUUUUGAAACUGCUAGACAAAAUAAUACCUGACGACUAUUUUGGUAAUAAACUCCACCGCAGACUCUUCUACAGAAUAGUUGACAAUAUUUUAACUCAGUCUGCUUUUGAGUGCAUUUAUUCAUCUACGCUUAUCAAAGGCUACAACUGCGAAUGCAUACCUUGGUUGUCCGAAAUUAAAUGUCAAUUAACAAAAACAACCUUGUUAAAAAAAGCAAACAAAUUUCUUCUAGAAUACGUCGUUAAGCCAAUAGUCGUAUUCUAUUAUAAAUGCACAAAAACGUACAGCGGGCAAGAAAUGCGAUUCAUUCGAAUAGAUCAGUGGGAUUCGUUUCACACUAAGAUCAUAAACACACUCAAGAAGUCAAAAUUUUUAGAAGAAGUUGAGCGCUCCUCUCAAGUACAACCCAGAGGCUAUCUGAGGAUCAUUCCAAAAGACAACCUCGAUGAGCUACGCUUUCGUUCUAUAGUCAACAGUUUUCGAGACAACCCAAAACAAGCUUAUCUCAAAUCCUUGACUAAAAAAAUUUACCAAGCUGCGAGGGCUAUGAACAAACAUUUUUCGUACUCUUUGUACGACGAGUGGUCUUCUUUUGUUGAAAGAGUGGGAAAACAAAAAAUCUUCGGAACGAAAAUAGAUGUUGAAGAUGCAUAUGGAAACGUGAACAUUUCGAUCCUAACCAACACCAUCCGGUCACUUUCGUCCGAGUUUUUAAGCGACAGAGACAAGGACUUCGUGGCUGAAUACGUGAAAAGUCAGUUUGUUAUUUUCAGAGGGAAGUGUUACCAAUGGAACCAUGGACUUCUUCAAGGCGACAUUCUUUCACCGUCCCUGUGCGAACUAUACAUGACUUAUUAUGAUAAACUUUUCCUUUCAAAAUUCGAUUCCGAUUGCUUUUUUCACCGAACCGUCGACGACUAUUUUUUUUGUUCAACGGAAGGAUUUAAAGUGGCUAAUUUUGAGUCAUAUAUGGAAAGUCUCCACAAAAUCAACAAGGGUAAGACCAUAUCGAACGUAUGGUUCACUUGCGAGCACAUUCCUUAUUGCGGCAAAAUUUUUAAUUUGGACACCAAAGAAGUAACAACUUUGUAUAGUUUUAGUAAAGGUUACGAAAUUCGACACAAAUUUAAGUUGUGGAACAUCCAGAGGCCUAUUCCAGAGAGUGGCUGCAAAAAUUUUCUUGCCAGAGCUGUGUCAUGCAGUUUUAGCAGCAACUAUUUUGGUAAAAUGCAGCUGAAUACGCUUUUUAAUUCGCAGAAGACGGUCUUGGAGAACUUUUUCGAUGGUAUGGUUUAUGUUGCGUAUAAAUUUGAUGCGACUGUGAUGGCACUGCGAAAUAAUUUUUUGACAUUUUGUGUUUAUUUUAAUUUAAAACAGUGUGUAGAACAGUACUCCGCCAAAGUUAAGAAGUCUAUAAGUCGAUAUAAAGGAAAAUUUUACAAGACAAAGGUAAAAUUUAAACUUCUCAAAGUUAUAGGACUUAAGGCAUUUAUAGUAGUGUUGAAACGUAGAAACGAAGUUUACAAAAACUUGAUAGCGCAUAUCAAAAAAGAAAAUAAACUCAAAAUAGAUUUUCCAAAAUCAGAUGUUGAUUUUGAAUACUUUAACCGGUUGCCUCCGUAUUUAAAACAUGUAAAAGUUAGCCGGAAAAGUGCGAUAUAAGUGGAAAAAAUCAUUUAUUUAUACAUUACCUUCAGUUUACUAUCCAUAUCGACUUAUUUUUAACAAAAAUAUAAUAAGAGUGAUAAAUCAAAAAAUUGUUUCUAGAAUAUAAAAUGAACUAUAAUGACUUAACCUCGAAAAGGAAAAAAGUUCUAAGUCGAAACGUUGUUUUUGUAUACAUAAAAGAUUUUGUAAAAAAAUGCCAACGAAUUGUACUACUGUUUUCUGUAUAUUAUAUACGUUGAUUAUUUCUAUAUAGAUAA